AUGGCAGUUUUGUUUUGUCUUCGCCAGAUUUGUGAAACAGAAAAAGAAAUGAAGAAGAAGAAAAAGAGCCACCCUAAGCCUUUGGCUUCAAAUACGGUUACACAAUCUCCUAAAAAACCUGCACUAAGGACAGAAUAUUUCAGACCAAACCUGGAGGACCCUGAAACUCAGGUUGCGGCACUAAUCAGUGCUGAUGCUAAUGUUUCUGAGACAAACACUUGGAUAACCACGGAGAAACUGAUUUCCGCUAUCAGUCACACUCCAUCACCCCCGGUUCCGAAACAGCUCCCCAUUACUCCGGAGAAAGGUCCAAGCCCUACAUCUGGGAGGUUGUUAUCACCCAGUGACCGAUCGUCUGUGUUCACCAGAGCGCCACCUGUUGAGAACGGGGACGUCGUAACUUUGUUGUCGGAAUCGUCUUCCAGCAGACAGUCUACAGCUAGAACGUUUUCAUCUAGGGCCCCGCCUUCAAGGAGAGAAAAGUCCACAACCAUGGAAUACAUCUUGUCUUACUUGCAACAGCUAGAAAGGGUACAGCAAUGCUGA